AACCUAUCAGCUGUUUGUGAAGUAUGAGGAGGAGAGGUUGAAGUUUGUUGUGUGCAGUGUAAAUAAUAGUUGUCGCAGGGUCUGCAUUACUGUUUUUAGUGAAAUAAUAUGUUUAUGUUUAUUCUGAUGAGUUGACGAAAAGGUACUAUCGGAAAAAAUUCAUGUGGAUAAAAAAGUGCUAGUUUUACACUCUGGAAAUUAAAAUAUCAUUGAAAAAAGGAUAGAAAUGACCAGACCUAGACAUCCAGUCUCGAUAUGGUGUCGUCAGGAUGUCUGUCACCAUAGCAACAGCCUCCCAAUGCCCUAUGUAUUCAGUUGAAGGCGCUCCGGACUUUCUGUAUUUUUCAAUAUCCUGACAUGGAUCAGACAGAAACUGAGAGUGAAAACCAACUUGACGAAACCGCUAAAAAAGACGAUCCUGUUGCAUCCACUUCAGAAGAAGCCGAAGAAAAUGCUACCGCAUUGGUAUCUGAAGAUGAGGCAGCACUUGGCUCUAUUGGGAACUCGGUUGCGGUGGUGCAGGAUCCCCAAGCUGAAGAAGUGUGCGAAACGGAGAACAGGCACGAGAUUUUGAAGAGGAGUUUGGCUCAAAAUUGCCGCGAAUAUGUCUCGGACUACGUUUACGAGGAUUCUUUCGGUCAAGGCUGUGAAAACAGGAUGUUGGCCAGGGUUACUGAGGAUGGGAACUGGUUGAUUCGCUGGAAUGUUCAGAACCAAAAGGAGGAUGAUUUUAUUGCUCUGUGUUACCAAGAGUCCAAGAGCGCUGAAGAGUGCCUCUCGAGGCAGAAAGUGGGCGAUCAACAAGGCAGUACCAUGUGGCUUCUGGAUAUUCCACCGAAACAUACAGAUUGCGAAAAACUCCUCUGUUUCCGAUACUACGAUGGAACCACCUUAGAUUACCUGGCGGAAACGGACGCCCUGAUCAUUAAACCCUCGGAGAAACUGAAGAGAUUCCUGAAGCUGAAGCACAAGAGCAAGUUCAACGGGAUAGAAAACACGGCCUUCCAAGACGAGACUGAAAUACCGGCCUUGAGAAACUCUAACUCCUUGGAGGACCUCACCAGCAAGAACAGCGAGAUGAUGCUGGGCGUCAAGAAGAAAUCGACUGGUCUGGUCCGGUCGGAAUCCACGAACAUGGGCGGCACGAAGAAAAAGAUCAAAUCGAAGCAGAAUUUGAAGAUUCCCAGCAAGGAGUACUACCAGAUCUGGACGUCGUACAGUUCUCCCUCGCCCACCGAUGAAACCAAAGACAUAACCACCCCGGCCAACGGUUGUUCAGAUCCGUUGGACGGUUCAGCACCUCCCUUGCCCCCCAGGAGUUCCUCCCACAGACCGCUGGAGAGGUCGCACGCGGUCAGUACAAAUUUCGUGCCGCCGUUGGUGCACAGGCAGAAGAAACCAAAGAAAGUGCAGAACCCCGAGGACACGUUCGGGUUUGAGCUGGUUGAUACGGAUGAGGAUCAUAGGACGCAUUCUACCACAUCCACUGCGAGCUCAUUGUCGGACGCUGAUGUAGCCACUCCCAGCCACAAAUCCAAGAUGGACAGGAGAGCCAACGGCGAAAUACACAUAGGUUCUGACAACUACAUAACCACGGCUCUCUCAAAGAGCCUCGGUGAUAAUUCUAGUCUCCAAAAUGCUCAUUUAGAUUUAAGCAGAAUGGAAAACCACAGUUCAGUUUCCACGCAAAGCAGCAGUUCUAUCGAUAUAGUCGAUGGCGAAUGCAGCCACUUAGUCAAUUUGUCCCACAGGCCGCUUGUUAGGUUAGGAUCGCCGCAGCAGUUCCAGAUGGACGAUUCCGAUGAAGCCUGCGGUCACCAGUCGCCUUCUGGGGAUCAUGCGCAGAGGAACAUCGCCCAAGUCGUCAAGCCUCACUCCAAGGCGCUGGCUAGGGUUGCUGGCACUUCAGGUAACGCUCUUGUUUGUCCACCCACGCCUACCCACCAUUCCAGAAACAUAAGGAAGACCGAAUUGAAGCCUCCCAACCUCAAGUACCCCAGUCCGUCCACUGAUGGGGCCGCCUCCUCAUCUCAUUCGGAAGUUCGAAAGGCGGAUAUACGAAAUUUGGAAACCCUGGACGGUUGGUCGGUCCCAUCGAGCUCUCACAACGAUCCAAACCUUCAGUCUGCCAAGGACAACCCUAGGUUGAGCAUCAUAGCCAUGUCGGAGUUGAGGAACAUAGAUACAAGAAGCCCGGACGUGCGACCAAAACCUGUGUUGAGGCUUCCAAGCGACGGUAUCGAGGAUGGUGAGGCUAGCGGUGGCAUUCCUUUACCGGUACAGAGGCUGAGCGUAACUAGGUUACCGUCCAUUCCGGAGAGGAAUCAUAGGAUAGUUACGGUUCCGGAGAAUCCAGUUGAACAUGAGGAGCCGCUGCCACCAUCUUGGGAGGCAAGAAUGGAUAGCCAUGGGAGAGUUUUUUAUAUUGACCAUGCUACCAGAACAACCUCUUGGACCAGACCUGGAGGCAACGCAAGCUCGAUUUCCAGCAGCGUUGGGGCAGAACAGCACAGGAGGCAGCUAGAUAGGAGAUACCAAAGCAUCAGGAGAACAAUAAGCUCGGUGCGAUUGGAGAAUGUGGACUACUCAGCAGCUCCUCCCGGAUGCAGGUUGCUCACAAGACCGGAUUUUUUCACCAUAUUGCAUAUGAAUCAAGAUGCUUUAUCGCUUUACAAUAGGAACCCUACCUUGAAACACAUGAUUGUUCGGAUCAGACGAGAUCCUAAUGCUUUCGAAAAGUAUCAACACAACAAAGAAUUGGUGGCUCUAGUCAAUUUGUUCGCCGAUACCUCCCUGGACUUACCUCAAGGAUGGGACACCAAGAAAGAUAGGAAUUCUAAGCAAUUCUUCAUUGACCAUACUCACAAGAAAACAACUUAUAUGGAUCCUCGGGUACCUACAGAAUCCCCUUGUUUCUCUAGAAGGUUCUCAGAGGAAGGACAAGCUCCAACACCACCACCAAGGACGGGUACGUCUGCAAGCGCCGCUGUUAAUAAUCUGCCCGAUAUACCCAUAGCCUACAACGAUAAAGUAGUCGCUUUUUUACGUCAGCCGAACAUUUUGGAUAUACUGCGAGAAAGGCAUCCGCCCAUUGGUACUUCGCUUACGCUCAGGGAUAAGGUCAACGCUGUGAGGGUGGAGGGAACUGCCGCCUUGGACAGGUUGAGCCAUGACAUCCAUCUGACCAUUCUUCUCAGCCUCUUCGAGCAGGAGAUCAUGUCUUAUGUGCCAGUAGUAGACAGCAGACAGACGACCAACGCAAGAAGUCCUAGAAGCUCGCCUCAGCCCUCUCCUAUAGCGUCCCCUGGACUCGGUAGACACAGGGUACCAGCUCCUUAUAAGAGAGAUUUCGAAGCGAAAUUGAGAAAUUUCUACAGAAAAUUGGAGAGUAAAGGGUAUGGACAAGGACCUGGGAAAUUCAAACUCAACAUCAGGAGAGACCAUCUGCUCGAAGACGCCUUCAGAAGAAUCAUGUCCGCCAAUAAGAAAGAGCUGCAGAAGGGGAAGCUGUGUGUUGUGUGGGAUAACGAGGAGGGUUUGGACUACGGAGGACCAUCUAGGGAGUUUUUCUUUCUGCUUUCUAGAGAGCUAUUCAACCCCUACUACGGACUUUUCGAAUAUUCAGCGAAUGAUACUUAUACUGUUCAAAUUUCACCGAUGUCAGCCUUCGUUGAUAAUUACCACGACUGGUUCAGAUUCAGCGGUAGAUUGAUCGGUUUAGCAUUAGUCCAUCAGUACCUUCUAGACGCCUUCUUCACGAGGCCCUUCUACAAAGCCCUGCUUCGGCUGCCGGUCGCCUUGUCAGAUCUAGAAAGCCUAGAUUUCGAAUUUCACCAGUCCCUGCAGUGGAUCAAAGAACACGACGUUUCCCUACAGGGAGAGCUGGAACUGACGUUUGCCGUUACAGAAGAGGUCUUCGGGCAGGUUUUAGAGAGGGAACUCAAACCUGGUGGACGCAACGUUCCAGUCACCGAAAAGAACAAGAAGGAAUACUUAGAGAGGAUAGUGAGAUGGAGACUUGAACGUGGAGUGUCAGAGCAGACUGAAUCUCUUGUUAAAGGUUUUUAUGAAGUGGUCGACCCUAGGUUAGUUAGCGUUUUCGAUGCUAGAGAGUUGGAGUUGGUGAUAGCUGGUACGGCUGAAAUCGACAUUGCAGAUUGGAGGCAUAAUACGGAAUAUAGAGGUGGCUACCACGAUCAGCAUCCGGUUGUGGUGUGGUUUUGGCAAGCCAUAGAGAGAUUCACCAAUGAACAGAGAUUAAGACUCCUCCAGUUCGUCACUGGAACCUCAAGUAUACCCUUCGAGGGCUUCUCCGCUUUGAGAGGCUCAAUAGGCCACAGAAAGUUCUGCAUUGAGAAAUGGGGAAAACCGAACAGUCUUCCAAGAGCGCACACAUGCUUCAACAGGCUAGAUUUGCCAGCCUAUCCGACUUCCGAAAUACUAUACGAGAAGUUGCUGCUGGCGGUCGAAGAAACAAACACCUUCGGCAUCGAGUAGUUGAGCGCUGCAUACAGGGUGAAGGACUUAUUUUGUACGUUUUUCAAAAAGUUAUUAGUGGAAAUUCACACUUCGUAAUGCAUUUUGUGUUGUUGUGAGUGCUGCCUAAUGCAUUCGAUCCAUUAAUGGAUCGGGUUGUUAUUUGAGUUUCAAACAGAAAAAUAAUGUUGAACAUUACGUGGGUUUAGCUUGAGUAGAGUGGCCGGGAAUGGAUCCGUAAUGGGAGGAAAUCCAUUUUUUACAGACUUCAGAUUUCGAAAUUGAAGAAAGGGGUGAGAAAUUGCCUGGCAGAAUCGUUUAACUGACAGUACGAAAUUUUUUAUAUCCCAAUUGAUAAAACUGCCUGGUUAAUAUUUUUUGUGUUGCCCUCCUCGUGAAAUAGGUGGGUUUUGCUAGAUUUCUUAUAGAAAUUUUAACGAAUAGAAGGGGAGUUUGAUAUACUGGUUCUAUGUUUAACAGUAUUUCAUUUUAUUUUCUUUGUGUCUUAUUUACGCAACUACAACCAAAUAUUGUACAUUGAAUAUUCGUAAGCUUUUGUAUAUAAUAAUUUAUUUUUCUUAGAAUUUUAUAAUUCUCCAGUCAUAUUUAUAAUUAUGUAAUGUUUCUUGAGUAUUCUGAUCUUUAUUAGUUGAAGAACUUGAUGGAUAUCGUGAAUGUGGUCAACUUAGGGAAAAAAUCGAAAUAUUGGACUAUAGGACGUUCUGAAUUUAGUGUCGCCUACAACCGUUUCUCUGGAGCGACUGAGAGAUACCUCAGGAGUUAUCACAUUCAUGGUUUCCUUCAUUUCUCCCGAAACAUCGAUGAUUUUCAAACUUUAGGUAGUUAUUCUUGUUACCAAUUAUGAAGUUUGUCUCUAUGUGUUGUAUUCAGAUUGAAUAUUUGUGAUUCAUAUAAUUCUAGUCAAUGAAAUUAUUUAACCAUGCACAAAUACAGGAAAGAAUGCAUGUUGAAUCAUAAAAAAGGACAAGUGGUUUUGCAUAUUGUUUCAUAAAGUUGUAACAUUCCAAAAUAAAUCCUUGUUAAUUCGUA